UAUUGGGCUUCGUGAUACAUCGAUGGUGCAGGCUUACUUUUCAAAGCAAAAUCAAAAACUAUUAAAAGAAUAUGGACAUGAAGUCUUAAGUCUACCUCCAUACAACUGUGAUCUCAACCCCAUUGAGCACAUUUGGAAUCUCAUUAAACAACGCGUAGCAGACAAAAAUGUUGAGCAAUAUGAGAGCAAAAUAAAAGGACUAACUAUGGCAGUAAUAGCCUCAAUAACACCCUAUGAUUGGAAGAAGCAAAUUAACCACAUUAAAAGAUUCGAGCAAAAGUUCUGGUCACGCGAAGUGACUAACGAACAUGAAUUAAACGACUUCAUAAUUCAAAUAAACCCUGAAAGCGAUAACAGUGACGACAGUCAGUCUAGCUGCAGCGAAGGUGAAGAAGAUGUCGACAUGGGCGUAACACCUUUAUCUGAUGAUGAUCCAUGCGAAGGGACAAGUAGUUGUGGUUAGUGCCUAUCUUUAUGUUUAGUUUUUUGAUUCUGAUUAAAUAUUUUUAGUUUG